UAGAGUGGCCGCACAGAUUAGGCGAAGAGUGAAGUGGAGUUUUUUCAGCGAGCGUCAGCGAAGAGCUGCCUGCUUAUAAUUAUACAGUCACUCACACAGACUCACGCUGGGAUUUCUAUAGAAAAUGCGCACGUUUCUGUGUCGGAGUGGAGUUUACUGAAGUUAGCGCUGCUGUUGGAGAAAGACGCAGAACAUAGAGGACACGAGAGGAGUGGGAAUGCAGGGAAUUAAAUAGAGACCGAGGACAAUCUGAGAGUCACAGGCUGUGCGAGUCAUCCUGAGGACCACACUGAGAUCCACGCACACACUUCAGCGUUCACUCGUGGAGUGGUAAUGUCUUGAACUCCUGCCUCCUCCAGCCCAGUGAAGGACGAGCCAGUGCCAGGCUCUUGCUCAUGGAAACUCCUGCGUCGUCAUGAGUGCUCGUGAUGGCGUUGGUGGCAUGGGCACCCUGGGCCGGCGGCAGCGCUUUGAGAACUCAGAGUUCACUGUGCGCAUUUACCCCGGCACCUUGGCCGAGGGCACCAUCUACUGCCCAAUCAGUGCCCGCAAGACCACCACAGCUGCGGAGGCCAUCGAACACGUCAUUGGACGCCUCCAACUGGACCGCACUAAGUGCUACGUUCUUGCAGAGGUGAAAGAGUUUGGUGGAGAAGAAUGGAUUCUCAACCCCAGCGACUGUCCUGUGCAGAGGAUGAUGCUCUGGCCUCGUGUGGCUCUGGAGCACCGCUCUUUGUCCGGUGGCGAGGAUUAUCGCUUCCUCCUCAGGCAGAAGAAUCUGGACGGAUCUAUCCACUACGGUGGCAGCCUCCAGAUGUGGCUACAGGUCACGGAGGAGCGAAGGCAAAUGAUGGAACGUGGGCUGCUGCCACAGCCUGAAUCUCAGGGUGUCCAAGCGGAUCUGUGUCGCCUGCAGGAACUAAAUGAGCGCUCGCUGCUGGACAACCUGCGCUCGCGUUUCCGGCAGGAAAAGAUAUACACCUAUGUUGGAAGCAUCCUCAUUGUAAUAAACCCCUUUAAGUUUCUGCCUAUCUACAACCCCAAGUAUGUGAAGAUGUAUGACAAUCAUACGCUGGGAGACUUGGAGCCACAUAUUUACGCGGUGGCAGAUGUGGCGUACCACACCAUGUUGCAGAGACGAAGGAAUCAGUGCAUUGUUAUAUCAGGGGAGAGUGGUUCUGGAAAAACUCAAAGCACAAACUUUCUUAUUCAUCACCUGACUGCACUCAGCCAAAAAGGUUUCGCAAGUGGAGUGGAGCAGAUCAUCCUGGGAGCAGGACCAGUACUUGAGGCUUUUGGAAAUGCCAAGACUGCCCACAACAACAACUCCAGUCGCUUUGGCAAGUUCAUUCAAGUCAACUACCAGGAAAGCGGUGUGGUCAGAGGAGCGUAUGUGGAGAAAUACCUUCUGGAAAAGUCGAGGCUGGUCUAUCAAGAGAACAACGAGCGAAACUACCAUGUGUUUUACUACCUGCUGGCAGGAGCGAGUGAAGAGGAGAGGACGGCCUUCCACCUGAUGAAGCCAGAAGAAUAUCAUUACCUCAGUCAGAAGACAAAGACAACCAAGCAGCGUCACUGGGACAGUUACUUUGAGAAUGAACCGGACUGCUUCACUGUUGAAGGAGAAGACUUGAAGCAUGACUUUGAGAGGCUUCAGUUGGCCAUGGAGAUGGUGGGAUUUCUUCCCAUUACACGCAAAAAGAUCUUUUCCCUGCUGUCAGCCAUCCUUCAUCUGGGAAACAUCUGCUACAAAAAGAAAACGUACAGAGACGAUUCCAUUGACAUCUGCAACCCAGAAGUUCUCCCCGUGGUCUCAGAGCUGUUGGAGGUUAAAGAGGAGAUGCUGUUUGAGGCUCUGACGACGAGAAAAACGGUGACUGUGGGAGAAAAGCUGAUUGUUCCAUACAGACUGUCUGAGGCGUGUACGGUGCGAGACUCCAUGGCGAAGUCCCUGUACAGUGCCCUCUUUGACUGGAUCGUCUUCAGGAUCAACCACGCUCUGCUCAACAUCAAAGAUCUGGAGGACACCACCCAGACCCUGUCCAUCGGAGUGCUAGACAUCUUUGGCUUCGAAGACUACGAGAGCAACAGCUUCGAACAGUUCUGCAUCAAUUUCGCCAACGAACGCCUCCAGCACUACUUCAACCAGCACAUUUUCAAGAUCGAACAGGAAGAGUACAGGGCGGAGGGAAUCAGCUGGAGAAACAUCGACUACAUCGACAACACCGGCUGCAUCAACCUGAUCAGUAAGAAGCCCACAGCUCUGUUCCACCUACUGGACGAAGAGUGCAACUUCCCUCAAGCCACCAACCAGACACUGUUGGAUAAGUUCAAGCGGCAGCAUGAGGGAAACAGCUACAUCGAGUUCCCCGCGGUGAUGGAGCCGGCCUUCAUUAUUCACCACUAUGCUGGAAAGGUCAAAUACGGGGUCAAGGAUUUCCGGGAGAAGAACACUGACCACAUGCGUCCAGAUAUUGUUGCUUUGCUCAAGAGCAGUAAAAACUCCUUCAUCUGUGGCCUGAUCGGCAUCGACCCUGCGGCCACUUUCCGCUGGGCAGUUCUGAGAGCGUACUUCAGAGCUGUGGUGGCUUUUAGAGAUGCUGGGAAGAGACACACGCUGAAAAAGACGGGGCAUGAUGAGGCUGCUCCCGGUGCACUUUUGAAAAGUGUGGAUAGUUUUAGCUUUCUGCAGCACCCUGUGCAUCAGAGAAGCUUAGAGAUCCUACAGAGAUGCAAAGAGGAGAAGUACAGUGUGACCAGGAGAAAUGCACACAGUCGGCCGUCAGACCUUCAGGGAGGCAACAGUGUUAACGACAAACCACCUCGGGGCUGGAAUGGACGCGUGGGUCGACGCAGCCAUGUGUCGUCAGGCUGCCACAACACAGAGGAAGAAGGCAUCUUUGUCAACUCAGCCAGCAGCAAAAUCCUGGAGAGAGCUCACGACAUCCUGAUGAGGAACAAAAACUACAAAUCAAAGCCAGCUCUGCCCAAGCAUUUACUUAAUGUCAAGUCUCUGAAGCACCUCAGUAACCUGACGCUGCACGACCGGAUCACCAAGUCACUGCUUCACCUGCACAAGAAGAAGAAGCCACCCAGUAUCAGCGCACAGUUCCAGGCCUCUCUCAACAAACUAAUGGAGACUCUGGGUCAGUCUCAGCCUUAUUUUGUCAAGUGCAUCCGCUCCAAUGCUGAGAAGCUGCCCUUAAGGUUUAAUGAUAACCUGGUGCUCAGGCAGCUGCGGUACACAGGCAUGCUGGAGACUGUGCGCAUCCGGCAGUCAGGCUACAACAUCAAGUUCACCUUCAAGGACUUUGUCCAUCACUUUCAUGUGCUGCUGCCAGAGGGCGCCCGUGGCACCAAAGAGGGCAUCCAGCAGUGUCUGGACCAGCUGGACCUGGAACCAGAAGGAUACCAAGUGGGAAAGACAAUGGUGUUUCUGCGGGAGGUCGAGCGUCAGCAGCUGCAGGCCCAGCUCCACAGCAAAGUUCUCAGACUCAUCGUCGGUCUGCAGCGGAGGUUCAGAGCCCGGCUGGAGAGGAGGCAGUUUGUGAGGAUGAGGGAAGCAGCAGUCUGCAUCCAGAAAUGGUGGCGUUUGUAUCGCUCAAUUGAAGAUGAGGAAGAACUAGAAGACGAUGACGACGAGAUGUGUGACAUUGCUGUCCAACAGGGGGCAGCGGUGUGUUUGCAGACACACUGGAGAGGUUACCGGGAGCGGCAGAGGUUCAGAUUAUGGAGACAGGCUGCACUGGUUCUCCAGACGGCGUGGAGAUCGUGGCUGCAACGGCGUUGUACGGCAGCUCUGGUUAUUCAGACGGCCUGGCGCUGUCAUCGAGCCAGAGAAGACUACCUCUGUCUGUAUGAAGCUGUGGUACGACUACAGGCAGUCGGCAGAGGCUACCUGGCCAGGCAAAGCUUUAAAAUCCUAAGAGAACAAAAACUGAAGGAGCGGCAGGAGGAGGUGCUUCUACAGAAUGGCCGGGAGAGUCCUUCACCAGAGGAAGAGGAGGAACCAUCUGCUAAAAUCCCUGGGUUGGACCUCACCACCUGGGAGGAUCGCUCCUACGAGCAGCGACAAAAGAACCUGAAGAUACUCAGCAUCCAGGAGAUGCCAGUCAGGGAGGAUGAAGAGCGAGGAGAACUUGGAACAAAAGAACCUUCCUCACCAGCCAUAGUAGAGGCUCCGUCCACUGCAUCCACUGUGGUGGUGCGGGAAAGAACAAGAACUUCAGAUGAGUCCAGUCAGAAAAACACUCGGGCCAAAAGGGAGAGUCGUCGGAUGAGAGAAUUGGAGCAGGCCAAGUUCAGCCUGGAGCUCCUGAAGGUCCGAGCAAGCAGCGGUGGAGCCUCAUCUCCCCCCGAGGAACGUCGCUGGUCCGCAGAGCUGGUGCCUCCUGCAGCCUCACCGCUUUGUUCACCAGGGGGCACUCCUGACAGCCAGAGCUCUAAGGGCAGCUUUGAGCUCCUCAGUUUGGACGACGAGCCACCGAAGGCAACAGAGGAGGUGAUGGACAUUGAGGACACCUGCUCCCCUUCUCCUACUGUUAUCCAGGAACCUGAGUCUAAUGCAGAGGUUGUUUUAACAAACCCCAAAUCAUAUGACUCUCAAACAGCAGAGGUUUCAGAUGCUGCUCCACCAGACAGCCAGAAACUCCAGAACCAAAUGGAUUUGACUUCAGCCUCUAACGCCACACAUCUGCCCAAAAUUGACAAUUACCUCCCAACAUUCUACACCCCGGCCAGUGAAGGCCCUGCAGUCAUCUUCCAUCCUCCUGCAGUAAAACCUCUACAGGACACAGAGGCAGCUGUUUCUACCAUCAAACCCCAGAAAGAGCGACAAGAGUCAAUACGUCGGCCUGUGGUUGUGGUCAUCAGUAUGCAGAAAGAAACACCGCUGAGAGAAGAGCUCAGUGCUUUUAUCCGCCCGCAAGUACAACUACAAGAUGCUGCUGCUCAGACUGGGGAGUUGACGCCGUCUCCACAAAAACCUGAUCCAGUACCAGGUCCAGAUCCAUUCUCUGGCUCCACCUCUGUCCCUCAGGCAGACCAGGCUGUCAUUGAGAAACUGGUUCGACUAAAUGAGGAGAAAGAGGAGAGGCAGCGGAAUCAGCAGCAGCAGAAUGAAAGAGAGAUGAUGGAGCAGAUAAGACAGCAGAAAGAACUUCUGGAGCGGCAGCGCCUCUUCUUCGCCAAGUAUGAAAAUGAAAUGUUUGAGAAACACAGAGGUGAAGCUCUUCACCGGAUACAGCAAAGUCGUAAGAGCAGACCAGACGUGGGUGCACCUGAGGCGAGGGCCAGACCUCCUCGACCUUCUUCGUUGCUGACCGAGAAAACAAAAGGAGUCGCUCCCCAUGCCAGAACACAGUCGGACUCCACUGCUCCAUCAGUGGCGCCUCCUGCUGCUGCGGCCGAAAUCCGAGGACGUGCCCUGCACAACCUGCUGCCUCAUCCACAAACAUCACAAACAUCUGCUCCUAAAGAAAAACCCCAGCGUGUCAGGCCCUCACCUGAGGGCUGGGCGCCUAAACUCACACUAGAGUCCAGAGAUGGAGGAGGAACCAGAGGAAGAACAGCUGCCAGCAAACAAGCAGAUCAUCCAGGAACCACAGGGAACCCGGUGGACAAACCAGGAAACAUCUUCUUUUCUCCAAAGGAUAAAGUGACGUUCACAAAGUUUGACAGUGAAGCUGCGGGUGAGGGGUCACGAGGGUCAAGUGCCACCGUCACAUCAGUCUCCAAACCACCUAAAGGAGUAAAGGUCAGAGAGGUUGGCAGAGCAGGCCAAAAAAAGAAAGCCCGAAUGGCUCGGACCCGCUCGGACUUCCUGACACGAGCUCCUGUCCUGUCACAUGGGGGCGAUACAGACGAAGAUGACUUUGAUGAUGACGGCAGCCUGCACAGCCCCCGUCAUUACACUCUGCCCCUCUCCAAACAGAGCUCCACAGAGACAGGCUUACGAGAGUCCUGUUUCAGUGACUCAGACAUGCCUGCCACCUUCGACGAGGAGAAGACGAUGCACAAAGCCAUGUCCUCAGGAGACUUGGCCAAAGUGGACUCACUGCGCAAGAAUUCACAGGAUGGAAGCAGGGUGCGCGGGAAAAUGCGUUUCUGGGGAAAAACCAAAUAUGGAGAAAAGAAGUCCUCCAGAGAAAAGCUGGUCUGUGGUGGAGACUCACUGGACGGAGAGAAUGGAGACACUGGACAAUUGCUGGGAGAAGGUCAGGACAACAUGUCGCCGCCCUGUAGUCCUGACUCGACACUGGAUCGAGGAUUCAGAGAAUUCAAGGAGAACAAGGAUCCUUCUCCUAAGGUCAAGCGAAGACGCAGUGUGAAGAUCAGCAGCGUUGCUCUUGAACCCACCCAGUGGCAGAGCGACUCACUGCAGAUCCUCACCUGCACCAACGAUUACAGGAGCAUGAACGACUUCCUCAUGAAGAAGAUCAACGACCUGGACACCGAAGACAGCAAGAACGACACCAUGGUGGACAUCGUCUUCAAAAAGGCUCUGAAAGAGUUUCGUCUGAACAUCUUCAACUCCUUUUCCACAGCACUGACUAUGGAUGAUGGGAAGAGCAUCCGCUACAAAGACCUCUACGCUCUGUUUGAGCACAUCCUGGAGAAGACGAUGAAACAUGAGCAGAGGGACUGGAAUGAGUCUCCGGUCAAAGUUUGGGUCAACACCUUUAAAGUUUUCCUGGAUGAGUUCAUGACUGAGUACAAACAUCUGGACAGCGCCCUCAGCAAGCAGGUGGCCAAACCUGAACGCAAAAAGCGGAGGAAAAAAGACAUCGACGUUGUGGAGGAGCAUAAUGGGCACAUCUUCAAGUCCACACAGUACAGCAUUCUCACGUACUGUGAAUAUUGCUCAUCACUCAUCUGGAUGAUGGACCGAGCCUGCGUCUGCAAACUGUGCCGGUACGCCUGCCACAGGAAGUGCUGCCAGAAGACGACCACUAAGUGCAGCAAGAAGUUUGAUCCAGAACUCUCCUCCAGACAGUUUGGAGUGGAAGUUUCUCGUCUGACUAACGAUGAGAAAACAGUGCCCCUGGUGGUGGAGAAACUCAUCAACUACAUUGAGAUGCACGGCCUCUACACUGAGGGAAUAUACAGAAAGUCUGGUUCCACUAACAAAAUUAAGGAACUAAAGCAGGGACUGGACACAGAUGUGGAAAACAUGAAUCUGGACGACUACAACAUCCAUGUCAUUGCUAGUGUGUUCAAGCAGUGGCUCAGAGAGCUGCCUAAUCCUCUCUUGACAUUUGAGCUGUAUGAAGAGUUCAUUCGUGCCAUGGGUUUGAAAGAUAAAAAAGAAAUGAUCAGAGGAGUGUAUUCAGUUAUCGACCAACUCAGCAGGACUCACCUCAACACUCUGGAACGCCUCAUUUUUCAUCUUGUCAGAAUUGCCCGAGAAGAGGAAACAAACCGUAUGUCAGCCAAUGCCUUGGCCAUAGUUUUUGCUCCAUGUAUCCUGCGCUGUCCCGACACCAUUGAUCCACUGCAGAGUGUUCAAGACAUCAGCAAGACCACAGCUUGUGUGGAAGUUAUCAUCUGUGAGCAGAUGAACAAGUACAAAGUGAGAAUAAAGGACAUCAAUACCCUGGAGUUUGCUGAAACCAAGGCCAAAUGCAGACUAAGUGUGAUUCAACGGUCAAUGCAGCAAAAUGCAGCUAAGAAGGGCAAAGGUCAUCUACAGGGACCAAACUACCUGGCACCUUCACCUCCAGUCAGUCCCCGGCUGACGUCUGUAGCUGAUACUGUGGAGGAGGAGAGCAGCAGUGAAGAUGCAGCGAAUUACAUUGUGGAAAUC